CUUUAUUCUCGGAAACUGGCUAAAUUGGGAGCAUUCGUCGAUAUAUGUAAAUUUCAUUAGGAAAAAGAAGGUUAUAUAACUGAAAGCCGAAGAAAGGAUAACAAUAAAGCUUGAAAACUUCAUUUUGAAAGAUGUUUGAUGGAUUCACCAGCUUCGACAUCACCGUCGAACCAGACGUCACCAUCCACGGUGUCUCCGGCGGCUCAGGCCCAGCAAUUCUCCUAUUACACGGCUUCCCUCAAACCCACCACAUCUGGCACAAAGUCGCCGACGAGCUCGCCAAAACCUACUUCGUCGUCGCCAUAGACCUGCGCGGAUACGGCCAAUCCUCAAAACCCGGUGGCGGCGAGGGCCACAUAAGGUAUGGCAAAAAGGCCAUGGCGCGAGACGCCGUGCGCGUUAUGGACGAACUACUCCAUGGCAAGACGCAAUUCUACAUCUGCGCGCAUGACCGCGGUGCUAGGGUUGCUCAUCGCUUGUGCGUCGACUACCCGGAGCGAGUACAUAAAGCCAUAUUCUUAGAUAUCUGCCCAACACUGGCGAUGUACUCGCAGACAGAUAUGGUCUUUGCAAAAGCGUAUUUCCACUGGUUCUUCCUCAUCCAGGAGGCGCCGUUUCCGGAGACGUUGAUUUUGGCGAAUCCGACGACAUGGCUGGAAGGCUCUAUGGGAGCACGACAUGCUGGUCUCGGCCCAUUUACAGCUGCCUGUCUGGCGGAGUAUAAGAAGAAUCUGACAGACACGCAGACUGUGCAUGCUAUGUGUGAAGAUUACCGGGCGGCGGCGAGUAUUGAUCUGGAAGAAGCAAAGCAGGAUAUCGCAGAGGGGCGGCAUGUACAGUGUCCAUUAACAGUGUUUUGGGGAGCUCAUGGGGUUAUUGAGAAAUGCUUCGAUGCUGUUGCCGAGUGGAAGAAGGUGUCGACGUCGACAGUGGAAGGAAAGGCGCUUGAUUGUGGUCAUUAUAUUCCAGAGGAACGACCAGAAGAUGUUUUGGCGAGUGUUUUGGAGUUUCUUGUAGAGUAAGAUAGGCUGAAACCUUUAAUAUAUUUCAUAGGAUUCACUAGAGAAAUUAAAGUUGAUAAGGAGGAAUGUAAG